GCGACACUUCGACAACUAACCGGUUCAAGUCGACAAAGCAGCCAAGAUGCCUCGCGGACCUAAGAAGCACCAGAAGCGCCUUAGCGCGCCUUCGCACUGGCUCCUGGACAAGAUGUCCGGAACCUAUGCUCCCAAGGCCUCCCCCGGUCCUCACAAGCUCCGUGACUGCCUGCCCCUGAUCGUCUUCAUCCGCAACCGUCUCAAGUAUGCCCUGAACGGCCGUGAGACCAAGGCGAUCCUUAUGCAGCGUCUCAUCAAGGUCGACGGCAAGGUCCGCACCGACCCUACCUACCCCGCUGGUUUCAUGGACGUCAUCGGCGUUGAGAAGACCGGCGAGAACUUCCGUCUCAUCUACGACACCAAGGGUCGCUUCACCGUCCACCGCAUCCAGGCUGAGGAGGCCGAGUACAAGCUCUGCAAGGUCAAGCGCGUUCAGCUCGGCAAGGGCGGGAUCCCAUUCUUGGUUACGCACGAUGCGAGAACCAUCCGCUACCCUGACCCCGCCAUCAAGGUCAACGACACCGUGAAGGUCGAGGUUGCCACUGGCAAGAUCGCCGACUUCGUCAAGUUCGACACUGGUGUUGUCGCCAUGGUCACCGGUGGACGUAACAUGGGUCGUGUCGGUGUCGUCACCCACCGUGAGCGCCACGAUGGUGGUUUCAACAUCGUCCACAUCAAGGACGCCAUUGACAACACCUUCGCCACCCGUGAGUCCAACGUCUUCGUCAUCGGUCAGGACAAGCCCUGGAUCUCCCUGCCCAAGGGCAAGGGUGUCAAGCUCUCCAUCGCUGAGGAGCGUGACCGCCGCCGUGCCCUCGCCCAGAACUAGAUGUGGCAUGGUAAGUGAUGUAGGCUGCCUGAAAACAAAAGCGUUGAAAAAUCCGCUGGGGCGACGGCAUCUUGUCUUACUUUGUGGACCUGUAUGACGCCGGUUACGAUAAUAUUUGAAGCGUUAUUCAGAACAAAAAAAAGAGAAAGAAUUGUCUACAGGAUGCUUUGGGGGCUCGUUGGGGUCACUGCACUGUUCCGUAGGUCUGUACAAUGUACAUUAAGGCAAGGUCAAGAUGCCAAGUCUGG